ACUUUAUAAAUAAUAAAUAUAACAUUAUUAAUCUUUCUAUAAUUUCGAGAAUUAGUUGCCAUAAAUUGUUAUUUGUAAUAUUCUUUAGAUUAUAUGGCAAGUGAUGUUAAAUGUUUUUAGACUUACCUUAAAUUUUUAAAUCUAAUUUAAAUAAAUAAAAAUUAAAAACAAUCGACCAAUCAAACUAUAAUAAUCGACCAAUCAGGGGGAUUCAUGGUUCUUUAAAUGUAAUUCCGAGGAAACUAUGAAUUAAAAAUGACAAAGUGGUAAAAGUCUGAAUUUGGUGAUAAACACGUAAUGGCUCACUCUAUCCUAAAGCUUCUAUAAAUACCCGAACAUGUUAUUGUCUCUUCUAUCUAAUUAAGUGACUACAAACUCAAAACACACUGAUUGGCAAGGUUUACACGCAAGUUUUUUUUAAAGGUCUUUUUACAAACGAAGAAUUCAAAAAUGGCCAGGGUCCAAGGUCUAGUUCUUCUUGGUUUAUUAGUGAUUUCAAGUUUACUUAUGUUAUCCGAGAGCCGAGUGGCAAGAAAAGACUUGGGGCUUGACCUAGGUGGGAUUGGGGUCGGUCUAGGCGUUGGAUUGGGGAUUGGUCUUGGCGGCGGAUCAGGCUCUGGUUCUGGUGCAGGUGCAGGUUCCGGAUCAUCAUCUAGCUCUAGCUCUAGUUCGUCAUCAAGUUCUAGUUCUCGUGGUUCAUCGGGUGGUUCAGGUGCCGGUUCAUCUGCUGGUUCAUUUGCUGGAUCUAGAGCUGGAUCAGGAUCUGGUAACUAAAUUAAAAAAGUAAGACUUAUUUUCUACUUAAAGUGCGAAACAAAAAGUAUGUUUAUGUUGUUGGUUUGUCGUAAUUAAUAUCGUGUGUACGAAGUUGGAUGAAUAUAUUGUCGUCAUAAGUUAUGCUUUUUUUGAAACUUUGAGUGUGUCUAUUUCCCGACAAGUCUAAACUGUUCUAUAGUCUCUUAGAUUUGGGCCAUAGCAUGUGCAAUCGUAAAUUGCAGUCUUCUUUCUCCAAGAAAUGUUUCGAAAGAUUCUAAUAAAUCAAACCAUAUGAUCACAAAGUUAUACUAUAUAAUAGACAUACACCUUAAAUAAAACAGAGUUUUUAUACAAUCAACACCGAAUAUAACAAAUCACUGAAAUUUAUUUUCCUUUAAUUUUCUAACAUCAAAACUGAAACAAACAAAAAGCAACAAAAGAAUAGCUUCAAAUUUCUAUAUUGCUUCUAGUCGACAUGCUGUCAUGUGGCGUCGUCACCAAAGAUCUAUUUUUAGACGAGACUUAUGCUUAUCGAAUAAUUUUUAGAAAGCUCAGUUAAAGUUCUUUACUUUUCAUCUGCAUACCAAAUCUAGUGUCAUCUGCAUACCAAACUCCACUCAAAUGGUUAAACUCUUGUUUUUGUAAAAAUAUUAGUGUUCCGUCACUUAGGUAAUAGUUUCGAACUUUUAUUAAUACAAAAUUAAUCUUUAUUUAAUCGAGUAAGUGCACCUAAUGAUAGUAUAUAAUGUGAGCUUUAUUUGCAUAAUUGUGUUUGUAUUAGACACGUUUACUAAACAAAGUUAACGUGUUCUUGCAUAAUGCCCAACCUCAAAUAAAUAAAGUAUGUUCAAUUUACAUGAAUCAAGUCGAAUAAUUAUAUAUCAACAUUUUGAUAUUAUAUGACACUAUAGUUAAAAUUCACUUUAUUUCUGUAUCACUAUAUGUAUCAAAAUAAUCGACACAAAUUCUAAUAAACAUGGUGUAAUUUUGGCGUCUCCGGGUACAUCUUUUCCGCAAAACCUAACCAAAUGAUAUAAGUGUUAAAGGAUCCUAGUUUUUUUUUUAAUAAUUAGUUACCAUGGAUUCAAAUUUACGUAAGAUAAAUGAAGCAAUGCUGCGUAAAGACAAAGACUCCAACAAUGGUUAACCAGUGCUAUGUAUUUAAGUACAAACUUGGUCCAUUAAAAACGCUUACUCCAUUGUUUAAAUAAAAUAAAUAUAUAAUUUCUAAUUCAAGCGGGAUCUCGCAAAUCUUGUAUUGCUCAAAUCCAAACUUAGUCUGGAAACAAAGAAUCUUCCCAAAUGAACCUAAAACAAUGAACUAGCCGUAGACGACAUUUCAUGUAAAGAAAUAAAACAUAAAUACAUAAUAACGAAACCCAUAAUUAUCAACUAAUUCACGCAUUUGUAACGUGUCUUUUCUUUUCCUACCAAAAGAGUAUGAACCUAUUUUUAGUUUAAAAAAAAAGAGUAUGAACCUAUUUUCCGAGAUAGUUCGAUUCGGUUUAUGUGUUUGAACUUUGAAAUAAAUAAUCCAUUUUUAAAGAUGUU